AUGAGUACAAAUAAAAGUGACGAAUUAAUCUGGCUGUCUUCUUCUUAUAAUUAUAGAAGAUUAAAUGGGAAUGCUUACAAAUCAUUUGAUGAUGCCGAUGAAAUAAAAUGUGAAGUUUUGCACAUAAAUUUAGGGAAGAAAUACUACAAUUUUAUGGACUUUUGCAUGAAAAUUACAGGUAUUUUAAAAAAAUUUAAUGUGUUGUCAUUUACAGGGACAAUUGAUAUUGAUAAAUGUACAAUAGUGAAUAUAUGGAUGUAUGAACAAAUAUAUAACAUGCUUAAAGUAAAUAGUGAAACCAACGCCAGCAAAGUUAUUAAUGAGUUACGUAAUAUUUGGAAUAAUUAUUCUCAAACUAUUCAUUGUGAUAUACGUUCAGAUUUAGGAAAUAUGGAUAAUUUCACUCGUUAUAAAAAAAUUUAUGACCAUGCUAUAAAUUAUGAAAGUAUUCUUUUACACCUAGUAAGUAAAAAUUAUGCAUGUACGAAAAAGUUUAAAGAUUACUUGGUGGAAAUUGAUAACAUAUAUAACACCUUAAAGGGUACCGAAACUGCGGAUGAUAUUACAAGGGAGAAGGUAUUACAAUAUUUUGGUAAGGUUCAUAGAGAAAAAAAGUUAUCACCUUCACAAUGUUUAAAGGUAAUAGAAGAAGCACCUGUUUCAAGUAGAAAUGUAGAAACAAUGAGUUCUCCUAAAGAAUCAGAAGAAGCAUUGGGACAUCGCGCAAAAGGAAAAUCGGAAUUACAAGAACCAUCAAUACUUUUAACUACAGAAGCAGUCCAGGCAUCAGAUAAGCCUUUCAAUGUUUCUUCUGUUGUUAUUCCACUUUUAUUAAUUCCAAUAAUUUCAUUUAUUUUAUAUAAAUUUACCCCAGCAAAGGUAUGGUUGGAUUCUCUAUAUCAGAAGAGAAACCAAGUUAGAAGUUUUUUGUAUGGAGAAGAUUAUAAGGAUUAUUUAGAAAAUAUUUACGAAAUGGGUAAUAAUAAUCAUCAAAUGAAAAGCCAUGAAAUUGGUUAUCAUCCUGUAUGA